AUGGCGAUGGAGAUCGGAGAAGAUGAUUGGGUGGUUUGCUGUGGAAGCUCCGAUUUCGCGAAGCUGAUGGUGAAAGCUUCUCCGUUUAACUCCUUAGAAACAGCGACCGACACUGCAAGAGAUAUUUGGUUCAACCAAGUUAAUGUUACAGCUUGGCUUGAAGCUUUCGCUGCUCAUCCUCAGAUUGGGAAAUCUCCUUCAGCUUCUUCGAUCAACGCCGAUUUUGCUCGUCGGAGCGAAGCAGAGCAGUCCACGGCCUUUGCCACAACUUCUACUUCUGCCUUACAGGAGCUUUCCGAGUGGAAUGUAAUCUACAGAGAAAAGUUUGGGUUUAUCUUCAUAAUUUGCGCUUCCGGUAGGACUCACACUGAGAUGCUCGCCGAGUUAAAGGGAAGGUAUGCAAAUAGGCCGAUAGUAGAGCUUGAGAUUGCUGCUAAAGAACAAAUGAAAAUAACAGAGCUCCGGAUGGCAAAGCUGUUCUCUGAUAAGGCUAAAGGUGUCUCAGGAACUGAGUCAACAAAACCUCAAGAUCGUCUGAGAAUCAUAGGAGGGCAUUUGAAUGUUGCAGCUGAAGCAAAAGCUCCAAAGAGAAGUAGGCCACCCAUCACGACUCAUGUCUUAGAUGUCUCUCGUGGUGCUCCAGCUGUAGGUGUUGAAGUGCACUUGGAGGUGUGGAAUGGUACUACCAGUCCUUCCCUUGGUGGCGGGGUCUGGUCCAUUGUUGGCACUUCAGCUACCGAUAAAGAUGGUCGCAGCGGACCACUGAUGGAUUUGGUUGAGGCUUUGAAUCCAGGGACAUAUAGAAUAAGUUUCAACACUGCAAAGUAUUGCCCAGGGGGCUUCUUUCCCUACGUUUCGAUUGUGUUUGAGGUUACAGAAUCUCAGAAAUGGGAGCAUUUCCAUGUCCCGCUCUUGCUAUCACCUUUUUCUUUCACCACUUACCGUGGGAGCUAG